AUGAUGUCCACUAUUGUCCAGGCUCAACGCCAAGUCUGGCUGUCACAGUCAAAUCUGACUGAGGCCUCGAGGAGAACCCUCAGGAGCCUUCCAGUGGAGCCAGGAACAGUGUUUGGCUCAGGUGCUCAGGAAGCGUUUGAGAGGACUAUUCAGGCGGGGCAGACCAGGCAACAGCUUGCAAGUCUCCGUCAUAUGCCUCCUCCUAGCAGGCCCCCCUCUGGCAGAGGUAGGGCCAUGUCUGCCCCCAGGGCUCGCCCUCCACCACCACCUCACACUGUGGGCCAACGUUGCCCUCAGCAACCUACGCAGGCACAGACCCGCGACUCACGGGCCUCUGCCCCAUUUCCCUUCCGGCACUUUCCGGCCCGGGACCCUGGACGACCCCCCACCAGGGCUCCUAGGGGUCAGGGGGCCAGGCGCUGA